AUGAAUCAUGUUGAUGCCUCUCUGCUAGGAUGUAACAUCAACGGUACUCAUCACCAUGAGGAAGGUGUUUUGGAACCAAACAUCGCCUUAGGACCAGAGGAGAACGGUCUGGAAGUGAUUGUUCCUGAUUUUGAUAGCAACUAUAAUUAUCUUCCACCUAUUAGUGGACAAGCUAUGAUGCUUAUAGACAAAAGAACAACUCUUUACGGAGCAAACCCUAACCAGGAGUUUUGCAGUUUGGGUCUUCUAUAA